UUCUCACAAUCAUUUCUCUCUCUAUUAUUAUUUUCACCUACUAUCUCUAAAACCCUAAAUUAAUUAAUUAAUCUCCAUGGCAUCUGAUAAAAAGAUUAAGAUCGGAAUCAACGGAUUCGGAAGAAUCGGACGUCUAGUAGCUAGAGUUGCACUUCAGAGAGAUGAUAUUGAGCUCGUUGCUGUUAACGAUCCGUUCAUCUCCACUGACUACAUGACAUAUAUGUUUAAGUAUGACACUGUUCAUGGACAAUGGAAACAUCAUGAGCUCAAGGUCAAGGAUGAGAAGACCCUUCUCUUUGGUGAGAAGCCUGUCAGUGUUUUUGGAUUCAGAAACCCAGAAGAGAUCCCAUGGGGUGCUGCUGGGGCUGACUUUGUUGUCGAGUCCACUGGAGUCUUCACAGACAAAGACAAGGCAGCUGCUCACUUGAAGGGUGGUGCCAAGAAGGUUGUUAUCUCUGCUCCCAGCAAAGAUGCUCCCAUGUUUGUUAUGGGUGUCAAUGAGAAGGAAUACACAUCUGACCUUAACAUUGUGUCAAAUGCCAGCUGCACAACCAACUGUCUUGCUCCUUUGGCCAAGGUUAUCAAUGACAAGUUUGGCAUUGUUGAGGGUCUAAUGACCACCGUCCAUGCCAUGACUGCUACCCAAAAGACCGUUGAUGGUCCAUCCAUGAAGGACUGGAGAGGCGGAAGAGCUGCUUCCUUCAACAUUAUCCCCAGCAGCACUGGAGCUGCCAAGGCUGUUGGCAAAGUUUUGCCCGCCCUUAACGGUAAAUUGACUGGAAUGGCUUUCCGUGUACCCACUGUUGAUGUUUCCGUUGUGGAUUUGACUGUUAGACUUGAGAAGAAGGCUACCUAUGAGCAGAUUAAGGCUGCUAUCAAGGAGGAAUCAGAAGGCAAACUCAAGGGUAUUUUGGGAUAUGUUGAAGAUGAUGUUGUAUCAACCGACUUUAUUGGUGACAGCCGCUCAAGCAUCUUUGAUGCCAAGGCCGGGAUUGCAUUGAAUGACAACUUUGUCAAACUAGUCUCUUGGUAUGACAACGAAUGGGGAUACAGUUCCCGUGUCAUUGACUUGAUCUGCCACAUUGCAUCUGUCUAAGCCUAAAAGUUUCUGCCGGUGAAUGACAAGCCCGAUCUUUGACCAAUGCUUGAAGAUUUUUGAUUUUCGAAUAAUGGUGGUACAUGUUGUAAUGUGCCAAACUCUAGUCUAGUAUGAUAGGCUCCUUUUUGAUGGUUUAUGAGCGUAUGUUUUCUUCUCUUCUUCUAGUAUAAACUUUCACACUAAUUGUAUUCUCAAUUUUUCAGAAAGUAAUUCGGCUUGGUUGAUGAUUUUCUAUGCA